AUGGCAGCAAGAUUGCCUCCAACACAACCUCAACAACAACAACAAUUUACUAUACCAACAACAACAGUCCAUUGUAAUCUGUCUUCAUUACGACCGCCUGUUCAGAUGAACAACUUCAACAAUAACAACAUCAACAACAAUGUUUCUAAUAAUAAUAACAACAUUCCUUCUUCAACAUCAACAUCAGUAUUCAAUCCAAACUCUUCAACAUUUUUAAAUAAUUCAACAAAUAAAUUUGUUUCCCCCAAUUAUUCUUCUUUUCAUGAACGUCCUACUGCUCAACUUCGACGGGCUUCGUCUGCUUCAGCUUGUAAAUUUGCUGUUGAUCGAUUAAAUAAUUGUAAUAAUGUUGGUAAUAGACCAGCAAGUUUACAACAUCAUGAAUUACUUUUUUAUGAAAAACCCCAAAUUUCUUCUCAACAACAAUUUAGUGAAAGGAGAGCAUCAAUAACACAACAACAGCAACAACCUCUUUUACCUCCUUUACGUAAAUUUGAAAAUUUGGAAUUUAAAUCAAUGGAAGAGAAGGAAGAGGAAGAAGAAAGGCGUAGAAGAAGUUAUAGUAAUAGUGGAAUUUUAACAAAAACAGAAAUGGUUAUAGAUGCUGACAAAAAACUUGAAAUUUUACAAAAUCAAAGAAUUGCGUUGAAACAAUUACAAAGUCAACAACAGCAAGGAGAAGGGGUGUUACAGGCAAGUUAUUUUGUUUUACCUUAA